GGGAGUUAGAGGUUGGGAGUUAAACUAACGUCUAAAAUGUUAAGGCUUUCUUUCAUUUUGUGUGUUUACUUUUUCUCGCUUGCCUUAUCGCAAGGGUUCAAUGAGGAUUGCCAGGUAUCGGGGACACCGUCCUGCGUACCUGACUUAACAUGUAUUCCGGGAACGACGCCCACAUGUUUAUGUGAUACCUGUCCCGCGUCUGUCCUGUUCGACGAUUGCACGACGAACCUUGAAUGCGCAGAUAAGGAUCCGAACUCAGAAUGUUCUACCGGACGUUGUACGUGCGCAGAAGGUUCUUCAAUGUUCGACCAAUAUUGUUGGAAAGAUGGUGCCUAUGGAGGCCAGUGCGUGAACGGAACUUGUAACGCCGACAAGAACGCAAUGUGUGACACGACAACCAUGCGCUGUAGUACAUGCAUACCUGGCGCAAGUCCAUUCAAUGGGAUGUGUAUCUUAGUUGGAUCGGCCAUGGGUCAAUGUGAUGGGGGUCUGUGCCCCUUGGACGAGAAUGCGGAGUGUAUGAAUGGAAUGUGCAUGUGUAAAGCUGAAUUUGACCUACUCAAUGGCCAGUGUACUGAAAAAGGAGGACCACCCGGUUUGUGUGACGAUUCGUCGAUGUGUCUCAGGGAUACGAACUCGGAAUGUAUGGGUGGUAUGUGCAUGUGCAAGACGAACUUUACACUGGUUGGAGGAGUAUGCAGGGAAGACGGAUCCACUGGGGGCUGCUGUAAUGCAGGGAAUACAUGCACGGACGAACUGGCAGUGUGCACUGACGGGUUGUGUGUUUGCAGCAUGAACUCCACUGCUAUUAGUGGGUGGUGUAUAGCAGAUGGGUCGGUCGGAGGCUUCUGUGAUAGCACGGGAAACGACAUGUGUUCUAGGGACAAGUUUGCUGUGUGUAUGAACGGAAUGUGCAUGUGCAAUACAACGGACUCUGACCUGAUCGGUGGCAUGUGUAGAAAGAGAGGUGCGCUUGGUGGAAAGUGCGACAAUUCUGGUAGCACCACUUGCUCAGAGGACAAGUUUGCCAUGUGUUCCAGUGGGAUGUGUGACUGCCGGGAGGGAUAUACAGGAGUCGGUGGAAAGUGCAUUCAGAACGGUUGGCCUGGUGGCAUCUGUGACGGCGCGGGCGGGGGCGCUUGCUCCGGGGACAAGAAUGCUGUCUGCAUGAACGGAAUGUGCAUGUGUCCGGGAGGAUACCUAAUGGCCAAUGGCAUGUGUCUGAAAGUGGGAAGUCUCGGAGGCACUUGCAUGGGUAACGCAUGUCCAGGAGACAAAAUGGCCACCUGCCAGAGCGGAAUGUGCAUGUGCAACACGAAUUCGACUGGAAUCGCUGGAAUGUGUAUGCCCAACGGCGGACCCGGGGGUGUGUGUGUGUCUGGCCAGUGUCCCGGGGACAGGCAUGCUGUCUGCUCAAGCAACAAUAUGUGCGUGUGCGGACAAGGAACAUCAAUGAUUGGCGGUUUCUGCAGACAUGACGGCCGCCUAGGUGGGAUAUGCUUGAACGAGCGGUGUGUGGGAAGGAUGGUGAGAUGCGACAGGGCCAGUAUGUUGUGUGUCUGUGGGAACGGCUGCGAACCCUGGAACGGCUCCUGCAGCAAAAAGAGUCGCAGGUACUAAGGAAUAUGCGGUCCUAAAUGCAGAAGAAAACACUCGAAUCCUCCUUUAUUAGAUCAGCUACAACGCAACAACCAAGUUCCUUCAAUACAUCAGCACAUAUUUGCAAUUUUGUCAGUGGCUCAAUCUUUAAUUGUUACUAUGUUCUUUUUGAAAGAUAACGCAUUUCUCACUUGGCUGUAGAAUUACUUUAAAGAAUAAAUCGAUUCGAUUGA